CGUGACAUCAGGAAGUAGGAAUGACAACAGAGUGAGGAUGCUGCAGUUGCUUUGACACUCUUCAUUUUUCAUUUGCAGAAAGCAGCAGAUAACAAUGACUUCUUUUAUAAAAGAAACACAGAGCAUAAAAGAAGCGGUGACUUUCAUCAAUGCGAUUGAUGUGAACAAGUUCUCCAGGCUGAUCUCACGCAUCAUACAAAAGCUUCAUCUGAAGGGAGAGCGGACAUUCAGUGAAGAGGAAGAAGAAAAACUUCAGGCUGCUCUUUCACUGGAUAAACAGGCUCUCAGUCUAGUACUGGAAACGGCUGCCUUCAUACUAGAGCAGGCAGUGUAUCAUAAUGUAAAGCCGGCCUCUCUGCAGCAGCAGCUGGAGGCAGUCAAUGUAAACCCAGACAAGGCUGAGGUGUUCUCACAAACCUGGGCAACAGCUGGACCUGAGCUGGUGGAGAAACUAAAGCACAGUACCUUUGCCCCAAAGAAGCUGGAGUAUGUUGGCUGGCAGUUAAACCUGCAGAUGGCCCAGUCCAGCCAAGCCAGACUGAAGUCCCCCAGUGCUGUCCUCCAACUGGGACUUCACAAUGAAGGCUCUGAGGUUCAGGAAAAUGUCUUUGCCGAGUUUAACCACAAGCAGCUGCUUGACUUCUACAACAAGCUUGAAGUCGUGCAAGGCCAGUUGGAUUCCCUGACUUGAUGCCUGGUGCUCUUUGUACAUCCACAAACAACACACAAACACACACACAUGCACAGUGUUUUUGCUGACAGCUAUGCCAGCUGUUGGAGGCCUAGCAAUUCCAUUCUUACUCUGAUUUAUUAGAGAAAAAUGUCAGACUUUGAAAGAAGGAUUUUCAUUCCCCUUUGAGCUCCUUUUACGCAGGUUUAUGCUCAUAACUUGGAGAGGCCGGUGUGAUAAAUCUGAUUGUACUUUGAAUUUUUAUGUCUUCAUUAAGGAGAUGGUGGGGAAAAUUACCUUUGUCGACAUAAAACGCACUGAAACACAUUUCUUAGUCACAUUUUCUUCGUCCAGCAGUGAGCAACUUAAUGUUUGAUUGCCCUGUGAAUUAGCUGUAAUAAGAUGUCAAAAUGUGCCAAUACUCCGUGAUCUUUAAAGUUCAUUUGUACUGAAAUUAAAUGUUAUUUUGAGUUGAAACAAAAGGAUUUUGUAACUUGGAGAAGGAAGUAGUGUCCAUGCCAUUCUAAUAAAAUCUGAAGUGGAGGUGAAAUUCA